AACUAAGUCUGUUCCAUUGGCGUGUUACAAGGUGUUGACCAUCUCCUCUCUAAGACACACCAAACAACAACCAUUCAUUCCUUUAUUUUUAACAGGAAGUUACCGUGUUUGCAUACGCACGUAUACUUACAUAUAUGUUGACGAUGUGCACAUAUUACUUACUUCUCGCCUCCGACACAAUUUAACGUUAAGAAUGGAAGAAAGAUUGGCUCUUUUGAUGGUUGACACGUUCAAGUCAAUAUCGGUGAACCAACUUUAAUGGUCUGGUGGUUUUGUUACCUGAGAAACAAAGACCUACAGCAAGAACUGGCCUAUUCUUUUUUUUCCAAGGAUCAUCUGUUAUCCACCAGACUUUAUUCUUUUGAGCUGACCAUCUGUGAUAAGUUAUUCAUAAAAAUCUUGAAUAUUUGUGAUAAAACACUGCAUUAAAUGUUAAACCUUCUGCAAGAGUUAUUUCAAUAUAAUUUCAGAUCUUCCUCUUCUUGCAGAAUCCUAAAUUUUUUUUUUUCUGUUACCUUUUAGCAGUACUUUCCCAUUUGGUUCCUUAUUGUUAUCUUGGUUUUUCUCCACUCCUGUUACUGUUUACAUUUAGUCUGUGCAUUGAUGCGUGUUAUGCCAUAAUGGUACGAUUUGCUGAUUCCACUGGAAGUCCUGCAAAGAAUCUAAAUCAGUCAGCUUACAUUCCAACCACAUAUUAUUGCAAUGUAGAAACUCCUAUACACUGUUCUCACUCCUCUCACAUAAUUGGUACUCAUAUUGAACGGUAAAGAAAUACAUUUAUAUAGUAUGUACAAUAUGGAAAUUUCUCAAGCAGAGUAUCCAUUUGUAAGCAAUGUGGCCAGUGAAGUAGGGGAAAAAAUACAUGGCCACUACCCCACAAUACACCAGGAAAUAAAUGGGGGCAUGAAAAAUACCUACAGCCAGCAGCUUCUAAAUCGCAAUUUGUGCAUUUUGGAAGAGAGCAUCACUGACAGUCAGGAGUUGUACAGACAAGAAAAGGGAAUGGAUUCAGCCUUAGUAAAUGGUGAUUACGACACAUUGCCAAUUGAUGAAGGCUGCAGUGAGUAUUAUGAAAAUGCUGGUGAUGAUCAUGAGGACUGCCCAAUGGACGAAGAAUCUAUUCAACUUCGACAGACGCCUGAAGCUAUGGAUGAAGACAAUGCUGUGACUACCUCUGAAACUAACCACAUGGACCUUGAAAAUGCCAACAAUAUAAACUCUCUGUAUAGCAGCCGGUUGAAUUCAAAGGGUUUGAGUUUGAAUUUAAACUGUACUCCUUCUGAAGAACAAAAUGGUUACCCCAUAGAGAAUGGACAUGUUAUAGAUUCCACUCCCAAGCAGUUAUGCAAGUCAAAACACAAAACUAAACCACCUCCAGCUAAACACUCGUGGUUAUUACGACUGUUUGAAUCAAAACUUUUCAACAUGUCCAUUGCUAUAUCUUACCUUUAUAAUUCCAAAGAGCCUGGAGUUCAGAUAUAUAUAGGUAACCGAAUGUUCUCCUUCCAAGAUGUCGAUGUGGAUUUCUACCUGCCUCAGAUGUUGAAUAUGUACAUACACAUGCAUGAUGUAGCAGAAGCAAUUCAUCCAUACCUUGUGCAACGAUGUCGAUCCAGUGUGGAGUUUUCCAUCCGUGCUGCCUGGUUAUUAGGAGCCUAUUCUGCUGAUGUCCUCAAACCUACAUGGAAAAAUUCCCAAGGUGUCAAAUUAAAGAACAUGAUACUUAAUGAAGAACUACGCCCAUUACGCCAGAAGAGUCCAUCAACCCUACCAAGCCCUACUCAACAACAGCACCAGACACCAUGUCCACCCACAUCUCCAAAUUCCGUCAAAAAGACUCACCAUCGUUCACGAUCAGAUGCUACAGGCCACUUUAAGUUCAAGCGACGUAGGACGAAUUCAUGUGGAGAUGAGAACGAAACAAUGUUUCAAAGGGAAGGCAGCAGCAUCCGCCAUUCUAUGACAUUGCCAAACAUGCCUCUCCUUGCUGGUGACCUGACCUCUGGACGAGCUUUCGAAAGUGGCUGCACUUGUCACAAGAGUUCAGAGGCAUUAUUCAAUGAUUUGACUGGUCGAAAGACUGUCUGUCAUUGUGAGGCACCAAGGCUGAUGCCACAACAAGAAUUUGUGAAGGCUUUGAUGAAUAUUGCACAGAAACUACAACAGUUACCCACCAAAGAACUUCGAACUUCUCGGUUAAUAGCUGAACUUGCAAUGAUGAACUUAAAUCUACCAGCUCGUGUCUGGCUGCCCACCGCUGAGAAGGCCAAUCACCAUAUUGUACGAGUACCGAAUACUCAGGCUGUGGUGCUGAACUCUAAAGAAAAGACUCCCUACUUGAUAUAUGUUGAAGUACUCGAGUGUGAGAACCCAGUCACCAGCCAACUGCCAAGUAAGAUCUUGGAAAAUACUUUGCGUUUCACCCGUUCAGAGGAGGACUUGACCCAUUACUACAACAGAAGCAACAACUCUCCAAAGCCAGAGUUUGCCAUUUAUGGUACUUCUGACUUUGAUGAUUCUGACUGUUGGUUACAAGAUGAUGAUGAAAUCCUGCAAGCUAUGUAUUCAAAUCGGUCAAAAUCAAGUGAUACAAUUUCCCAGUUCUCUGCUGAGAGUUCUACAAGUGCUGAUAGUAAAGACCCUGUGUACAUUGCUGCAGCUGAUAUUCGCCGACGCCUAUCAGAAAACAUUGCUGCACCAAAGGGCAAAUUUGAGCGAGAUCCUGAAGAUCCAUCUGCCGCUGCCCUGAAAGAACCUUGGGAAGAGAAAGUUCACCGUAUCCAGGAAACUUCUCCGUAUGGCCACCUACCAAAUUGGCGCCUUAUGUCUGUCAUUAUAAAAUCUGGAGAUGAUUUACGACAGGAGUUGUUAGUGUAUCAAGUUCUCAAGCAACUACAGAAUAUCUGGGAAAUCGAGCAUGUUCCUCUGUGGAUACGGCCGUACAAUAUUGUGGUGACCGCUAAUGAUAGUGGUAUGAUUGAGCCAGUGGUCAACGCUGUUUCCUUGCACCAGAUCAAGAAACACUCCAAGCAGCUGCUUAUCAACUACUUCAUCCAAGAGUUUGGCCCUAUCAACAGUGAAGAGUUUCUGACGGCCCAGAAGAACUUUGUGCAGAGUUGUGCUGGUUACUGUCUUGUCUGUUACCUCAUGCAGGUCAAAGACAGACACAAUGGAAAUAUUCUGCUAGACUCAGAUGGUCAUAUUAUCCAUAUUGAUUUUGGAUUCAUUUUGUCGACAUCACCUGGGAAGAAUUUAGGUUUUGAGAAUUCUCCUUUUAAAUUAACCCAUGAGUUUGUUGAGGUGAUGGGUGGCCUUGGCAACGACAUGUUUGAAUACUUCAAAAUCCUGAUAUUACAAGGGUUUGUAGCCUCAAGAAAACAUAUGGACAAAAUCAUACCUCUGGUAGAAAUCAUGCAGACAGGUUCACAGCUUCCUUGCUUCAGUCGAGGAGUGAGUACAAUCCGUUCCUUGAAGGAUCGAUUCCACCUGACACUGACUGAAGAGCAGUUACAACUGUUGGUUGACAAUAUGGUUGAGAGCAGCCUAAAUUCCCUCACCACCAAGCUCUAUGAUGGAUUUCAGUACCUUACUAAUGGCAUCCUUUAAACCUUCUUCUCACCAUCUUCACACCUGCUGCAUCUGCUGUCCCCAUCACUACCACCACAAUUACCCUCUUCUAUCUCCCCAUUGUGAUCACUCCUUCCUGACUGACAACCCCAGUUUUGGUGUUUCAUGCCCCCCUCCUCCCUACUCUUACAUAUUUUUCUUUCAUCUUUUUUUUUUAAGUUCUUUUUUCCCAUUUUUGUUUUCUUUACUUCUUUCUUACCAUUUUAUUGCUUUUUCUUUUUUCUUGUUGCAAUCCUUACCAUUCAAAUUUCCAUCUGGCCUUCCCUUACCACUACUACUAACACCAUCACCACCAAUGAUUCUUUGAGUUCCCACAACUGCUGUUUCAGCUGUUUGUUGAUCUAUAUUUUGUAGACAUUACUGUGAACAUACAACAUCCAACUAGACUCAACUGGUUACCCAGCUGACUAGACCUGGCCUAGUGUUUUUUUAAUAUUUGUUGUAAAAUAACUCUGGUGGAUAUAUAUAUAUAUAUAUAUAUAUAUAUAUAUAUAUAUAUAUAUAUAUAUAUAUAUAUAUAUAUAUAUAUCCACUCUCCCAUCCUUUACACUUUGUCUUUACCACUGCCUUCCUCAAUUGUCACUACAACUAAGAUUACUGUAAUCACCAUCACAGUCAACUAAAAUGUUGUUGUUUUCCCCACAAUCCUUUAUUAUACCCUUUCCUUCAUUUUGAAACUUCUACCCACCUAUCUUCUAUCACCUGCCUACAAAUUGUUCCAUAAUUGCAAGUGAGACUAAAAAAGAACUCAUCAAACCCAAUUUUGAUUAGUCCAUUCAUUUCUCUCCUCCUCUCUCUGGAAUGGUUUAUUCAAAAUUUAUGAAGCAUAUUAUGUCCCUUGAUCAGCUUCUAGUGAGCUCUAGAGCUCUGGACAGUUUGGGUGAAUGUGUAUAAGUAAAAUGGGUGGCUUGCAGGGUACAUUGAUGGACAAUCUAUCUAAAGCUUACUUAACUUUGGGUAUUUUGGAGGAAUGUUUGUGUAUGUGUGUGCAUCUGUGAUUGAUCAAGUUCAUUGUUAGGACAAUAUUAUUGCAAUCCUGCUGAUGUUGACAUUGUUAUUUACUCACUUUAGUCGCACUCUUUACUUCAUUUAAGAAUUGCCUCAGGUAAACUGGCUUCCUACUCAGCAGAAUUUGUCUCCUACUGGUUUUUAACCCUGCUAACUUCCAAAAGUGAAGUGAAAGUGUGUUACAAGUUCCUAUGGAUUGUGAAAAUAUUAUUUUAGUUAUGAUGAUGACGGCCUAUAUUGUUAUGUUCUCAUGUUAAAUGUGACAGAGUUCAUCUUUGUCAUUCAUCCUUUCAGGGUUGAUAAAAUGUAGUACUGAUCAAGUGCUUGUGUCAAUAUAACUGGCUGUACCCCUUUGCUGUAUUUGAGUCUUUAUACCUGUGUUACAAUCUGAGACAGUGAACUGGCAGACUCAUUAGCACACUGGACAAAAUGCUUGUCAGCAGUUCUUCCAGCUUUAUGUUCUGAGUUCAAAUUCUGCCAUAGUUAGCUUUGUCUUUCAUCCUUUCAGGGUCAAUAAAAUAAGUACCAAUUGAGCACUGGGCUUGAUGUAAUUGCAAGUGGAUGAUAGAGUAACAUUCACUCCAUGCAUACACACACACAUACACCCUCUCAUCUCAAACAGAUUUAAAAUAACAUAGAUUCAAUAAGGUUAAUAAAUUAGCUAUAUAGAUUAGUAUUAAUGUAGCAUUUGCUGUGUUUGAGUAAGUAAGUUACUUGUGUUAAAUUACACAUUAUAUACUGUAUUUGUGUCUGAAUGUGGGAGUAGAGGUGGUUGUGGUUGAUAAAUGUUGGGUGUGUUUCAGUAUACACUACUGGUGAUGGGUGCCUUUGGUGGAGCAGAGAAGUCAAUUAAAUGUGUUGUGGUGAUGGUGGUCAACAGUUAAAGAGAGAGGAGGGAAGCUUCAUACAGUGAUGGUGAUGUUAAUCAGUGGUGGUACUGGUGGUAACGAGAUGUACAAGAUGGAAGAGAGGGAGGGGGGACAUAGUCAGGCUAUAUUUCUCUGGUAGUGGUGGGUUUGUUUUUCCAGUAUAUUACUGGCAUGUAUUUUAUCUGAGACAUGGAGGAAUGGAGUCACAGCAUUAGUAAACCAUGCCAUCCUAAUCACAUCCCAACCAACUGGAUUUGGAACUCUGAGAAAAGAAUGUGGAGGGUGGAGGAGAAUGAGGGUUGGUGUUUGUGAAAGUGGCACUCUCUCGUUUGCUGGUUGCUUACCAUCUGUGUUGACACUCUUGCCUUCAACUACAACACCAGCUCUCUUUAAGAAAUUCUCUUUGAUACCUCCCCCACAUACACACACACACACAGACACACACACACCAUGCACACAUACAUGCAUACACGUGCACAUAUGUAUAUACUUGUGUGUAUAUAUAUAUAUAUAUAUAUAUAUAUAUAUAUAUAUAUAUAUAUACAUACAUACAGACACACACAUAUACUGUGAUGGGAGCUAACCUUGCUAAAGGCUUGGCUUUGAUUAUACAAUUUCAAACCUCCUGUGUGUUCCCUUGGGCAAGGCACAUAACUUUGUUUUCUUGGGUGUGCUGUGAUUGACAAACAGCACAUCCCAUUCAUACUCCAAGGUCGAGUGCUUAGCAGCAGCAAGAAAGGAGUAUUUCACUGUAAAAAAGAUUAAAAAAAAAAAAAAACAAACAAAACAAUAAGCUCUUGCAAAGUUUGAAGGAAGAAGAAUAAUUAAUUAAAUUAAUAAAGAUAACUCAGCCAUUCUAACAUGGAAAAAAAAUAUAAAUGUAAAAAGCAAAAAAUAAACCCACAAUGAUAUUACAUGUAUAUAUAUAACAUAUGUGUAAUAAAUAUUCUUUCAAACAAAAGAAGGAAAGAACAAAAAUGUUGCAAUGUAAAGACAAGACAAUGUAAAUAAGAGUUCUUCUAAUUGGAAUUAAAUUGUAAAUUGUAAAUGCA